AUGGAGCCAGAGUUCAAAGUCAUCAUUGUUGGCGGAUCCAUUGCAGGUCUAACACUUGCUAAUUGCUUGGACCAUUUAGGGGUCGACUAUGUCGUGCUGGAGAAGCGAAAGGAGAUUGCACCUCAGGAGGGUGCCUCGAUUGUUCUCAUGCCACAUGCUGGCCGAAUUCUGGAACAGUUGGGAUUGAUCGAUGAGAUCAGCAAAUUUAUCGAGCCGCUGCACACCGCUCAUGUCUCCUAUCCUGACGGCUUCAAGCAAACCGACCGAGCGCCGCAGGUGCUCCUUGAACGGUUCGGGAUCCCUCUGGCCUUUCUAGAACGGCGUAAGCUAUUACAAAUUUUAUAUGGUUCUCUACGAGACCAGUCCCGCGUGUUAGUCGACAAGACCGUUGUUUCUGUACAGCAGAGCGAGGACGACAUCGUGGUCGUUAAGGUACAGGAUGGAUCGAUCUAUCGCGGUGACCUUGUAGUUGGAGCCGACGGGGUGCAUAGUCGAGUACGACGUGAAAUGUGGAGUUUGGCCGAGUUGCAGUAUCCGGGCAAGAUAACAGAAGAAGAGAAAAAGGGCAUGGAGGUCGACUACGUUUGUGUAUUUGGCAUAUCAAAUACAGUGCCAACCCUCCAUCCCGGUGAGCAGGUAACUGGAUAUCAGUAUGGGAGAUCUCUUCUCGUUUUCCCUGGACAGAACGGUCGGGUGUACUGGUUCCUUUUCAAGAAACUUGAGCGCCAAUAUGAAUAUCAUUCGGCCCCUCGAUGGGUCGAGGGGGAUGCUGCUAAGAUAGCGGAGGAAUUCGCGUUGGACGAUGUUUGGGCUGGCCUUUCAUUCAAUCAGAUAUGGAUGACCAGAGAAGUCGUUGGUAUAACCAAUCUAGAGGAAAAUGUAUUUUCCACCUGGCACUCCGGCCGUGUGGUCUGUAUUGGUGACAGCAUGCACAAGGUAUGUUAA